AUGUACUGCCAGAAAUGUCGCACGCCUUUGAAAUUGGACGGCUCUCUUGAAGCCCUCAAUCCCGCCGCUUUCGACUUGCUCACAGGAUCUACAGGUAGAACGCUCCCUGAACCAGGUUCAACUAAACUCCCUUAUCCGCAGGACAGACGCGACCUCUAUGACCGAGCUUCCAGGCAUUCUGCGUCUCCAGUACACAAAAGAAUCAUCCCUCCUCCUCUCCAUGGCGGCGGCAACUUGGCCAAGCCUCCCCGGGUUCCGCGGGCAGACAGUGGGAAUAUGUCAUUUGUCAUGCUCACCGAGUCUCAAGUUGUCCCGCCGCACGCUGUCUCUGGUGUCAAUGAUGACAUUCCGUCGAAGGGCAGCCGUCCGGCCAAUGCCCAAAACCUGGAAGAUGGGCAGUUCUCAGAUCAGGUCGAGCGGACAACGCGGUUAUUCGAGAUUAUUUCCUCACGUUCCGACAUUGAUCACCCAAUUUGUACUGAAUGUACGGACAUGCUGCUAGAGGGUCUGCAAAAGCGGCUUGUCGCUGCCACAAAGGAGCGGGAUGCGUACGUAUCGUUUUUGAAGGAUCUUAAUAGUUCGAUUCCGACGGAUGAGGAACUUGAAGCGGCCCAGAAAUCCUUGGAAGAGACGUUAGAAGAGGAAGAGGCUGCACUAGCGGAACUCGAUGCCUUAGAGAAAGAGAAGGCGAUGGUAGACCAAGAGAUUGCUGCCUUGGAAGAGGAAUCGCGGCAGCUGGAUCUCGAGGAGGAGAAAUUCUGGCGUGACCGCAAUGCAUUCGCUCUAACACUUGCGGAGUUUCAGAACGAGCGUGAUGCAUUGAACAUGCGAUAUGACCAUGAUUCGCAGCAGCUUGAACGGCUUCAAAGAACAAACGUCUAUAACGAUGCGUUUUGCAUUGGGCAUGAUGGCUAUUUUGGAACAAUUAAUGGAUUACGGCUUGGUCGUCUAGCCAAUCCGUCAGUGGAGUGGCCCGAGAUUAAUGCUGCAUGGGGUCAGACAGCAUUGCUUCUCGCUACUAUUGCUGAUAGACUAGGCUUUGAAUUUCAAGGCUAUCGGGUGAGACCGAUGGGCUCAAUGUCAAGGGUUGAAAAAAUUGAGUACCCUCAACAGUCACUGUCGGAAUCAGCAACAGCUGGCAAUGGUCCGAAACAGGCCCCUGUACCUAAGAUUACCACGCUUGACCUAUUCUCUUCCGGGGACCUGCCGCUUAAUCUUCCGUGGCUCCACCGCCGAUUUGAUGCCGGUAUGGUAGCAUUCCUCGAGUGCUUACGUCAACUGGGAGAAUUUGUGGCAUCGACACCGACCCCUGUGCCAUCACAGCAACGCCGAGGUCAUCCCGGUACGGCUACCGGUGGAUUGAAACUUCCUUAUGAGAUCAAGCGAGACAAGAUACACGAUGCUAGUAUCAAACUUGGUUUUAACCAGAACGACGAGACAUGGACGCGUGCCUGCAAAUACACGUUGACCUGCUGCAAGUACCUGUUGGCGCACGCAAGCAACGCAGCGGGCGCUGGUUCCAGUAAUAUAGCGAAUUCUGCAAUUUCAACCCCCAAUGAACAAGCGAGGGUCGCAGAUACUCCGAGGAGAUAG